GUCGGACAUUCCUGAUUUUUCGAAAUGCCGAUCACCCAUCUACCCAUCCACGUUAUUAAAUGCUACAGAACAUGAUACCGAGUUUUUGAUUGCCUUCAUACAAUCACAGCAAGGCAGUACAUCUGCCCCUGAGCUCUUUCAUCCAGAGGACGAACAGCAAUUCGAUUAUUUUUGGCACUGGCAUGAUAUGCCGUCUAGCGAGAGUAUGACUUUUUUUUUCUCCUGUUUUAUCUUUUGCCAACACAUGACGCAUGUCGCAAUAACAUUUGUUUGUGUAGAUGAUCUUUCUAUAUUGGCAUCACAGUCACCUUCUGUUCAUCCAAUGAGCCAGCCAGUUCCCACAUUAUCUCAUCGUAUCUACGCUGAAAAGCUUUAUUUUUCUCGUCUAGCAAAGAUAGAGAAAUGGUUUUCGUCGAAUUCUCGCUUAAGAAAAGACGACGGUACAAAUAUGGGAUCCACAUCAGAGCAGGAAUUAGUACACCAACCAACCGAUUGCCAGAACGCGAAUGAUAUCAACCAUAAAAAUAAAUUAAACGUGAUGCAUUCGAUUCCGUGGAAUGAUUGGACACAAGAUUACGAGAUGACAGUAAACCAUCCUCAUGACUCGGUCAAGACAAAAACAGAAAAAGGAAAUGAUGCACAACCGUCUAUCGUUCAUACCGCAUUCUCCUGGUGGAAUACCGUGAGAAUAACCUUAUUUGUGGGGUUUUCCGUGCCAUAUAGCAAUACCUCGGAUCCUGUGUUAUUAUCCCCAUCAACGAAUCCAGAUAGACCCAGAUCAGACGGGCCUGCUUCAUCUAAAGCGCGAAAUGCUGUAUCACCUGGACACAAAGCCUCCUUAUCCUUGGAUUUACAUGAUCUUCACUACCAUUUUCCCGAAACGAUAAAUCCGUCACGACAAAACAGCAACGGAGUCAAACUGUUACGUCGCUGUAUCACUCCACCCUGUGACAGUAGUGAAGUCAACUAUUGGGGAAGCUACAAUAACGACGCUCUAUCCAACCAUGCGAGCCCGCUUUUGCAAGCCGUCCAUCCCUCUGCGAUGUCUCGAGCUAUCAGUAAUUCUACCGUGGAUGGACAUCGCUCAGCGCAUCCCAUUGAUAGAAUGCCUUCAACCGGUCUUUUAAGCAGCAUUUUUGCUGUCGGUAUGGAAAAUGAUACCAAAACUUCGGUGCGGAUGCAUCACACCAUACGGUCAAGACUACAAUAUACCAAAUGCGUAUGCGACCGUGAAUUAUGCGAAAUUAUUGACGGUAUCAAUAAUUAUGUCGAGAAAGGGUUGCUCUAUGUGGAAACGGUCAAUGACAGUAUAUCGCAGGAGAAUGGCAGGACAUGUUUUGCAGAAGAUAUAGGCAACGCCUGCGGAAAUGAUCGCGUCGGUUACAAUUCACCCAUAUCACCGAGUCCGCUGAGAAAGAGCGAACUUCUCGAAUGCCUGCAGAACCUUGAAAGCAACGAAAUGUCGAUCACCUGCCACGAUUCCCAAUCGGACCAUACAUCAGCCCGAAAGCAGAAACAUGAAAUGUCACCAACCGCCUAUGCAACCAACAAUCCUUGGAAUAAAACAGAGAUCGAUAAUAUCAAUGCGAAAAAGACAAAAGAUCCUACUUUUGCAGUAACACCCAUUGCUGAAGAUUCCUAUCUUCCGACACCGUUUGUUCUAGCUCUGCAAGAUCUUAUCUGCUUAUCGCAAAAGGUUCUCGAUACGGAAGUGGAGUUGUUCCUCGAGAACGCAGGAGCCUGCGCGGAAUUGGUCUCCCUUAUUCAAGCCGUAGGCAUGCAAUGGAACUGUCAUCCAGACUGGCCAUGCAAAGAAUGGUAUGUGCGACUGUUGCUUAGUGUGGCUGCAUUGAACCGAGUGCUUGAAUGGUGGGAAGCGGAACGAAAUUUCUGGACAGCGACCUUGGCAUCGGCCUCGACCCCAUCGGCCACUGCUCAUUCUACCCAUGAACCGGACAAUACUGAUAUAGAAUCAGUCAGUGGCAUCUCGCGAAAUGAUGAGAGCGAAUACAGUAGCAGCCUCGGUCGCUAUCGUCGUAUUAGCGAGACAGGGAGCGCCUGUAGUUAUAGUGGAAGCGUGGAUACACUGUCCUUCCCGCACGAUUUAGCCACACCAUUCCAAAUCUCCACAUCGACGUCCACUGCAACACGUGAGGACGACUCGAGAAUAAGGGAUAUAAAUGGUCAUAUGCAACUGCAAGCAGAGGCAGAGCGAGGUCAGAGUCGUACAAUAGUGAUGGAACUGAGCCUGUCUGAUCAAACGGUGCAAUAUGUCAGCCCUAUAUGGCGCGAUCUUAUUGGAUCGGAUCCACAAACCCUCGUCGGUUCGGCCAUUCUGCCUAUUUUAGCGGACAAAGAUGGGGAUAUCUUCAAGACUGCGAGCAAUGCGCUCUUGACGGACAACUCAAAAACGGUGGAAAUACAAUUCACUGUAACGGUAGAGGCGAAGGAACGCAGGAUGGAAGGCAAAGGUAUGCUCAUAUACAAUCGCGUAACAGGAGAACCGAGCCAUACUAUGUGGGUGUUAAAACCAUUGAUAUUCGAUCGCCUUUCGAUCCGUGAGCCAAUGGAGCCGACAUCACUGGACACUAGCCAACGUUUGUUCGCAGAAGAGAUUUCAUUAACCAAUGCCCGGAAGGAUGAUGCAUCUCAGCCAUCAGAGAAUUUCGAUGGAUCGGAUAUACAGUCAUUGGAGAAAGGCCGAAUAGAGGAUGGCCUUGUGACUGACCGUGAAGCAAGCAGCCAACCGAAGCCUUAUGGUGACGAAGAUAUGCCACCGGUCUUGAUGAAUAAUUUACCAUCCGCAGGCACAGGCUCCUCACUGCUUGUAAACCCAGCAGCGUCGGAAUCUCCGGCUUCUUGUCCAUCGCCUAUAAUAUCCAUGCCUCCUGUGCUAUGUUAUGUCUGCGAACGAUGGAUUGUUGCGGCUUUUUUCGAGCAACAUACGGAACUAUGUGUCGAAAUUCAUCGUACGGAGAUGGACGUUAUAUUAUGUAAUGAUAACCUGCGAGAAGUCAAGGGCCACAUUCAAGAGCUCUUGGAGCUUUCGGAUCACGACAAGUUACAAGACAUGGACAAAGAGCACAGUGCCGAUGAUACAGAGAAGAGUGAACUUUUUCGACCAGUUACUCCUGUGAUAGGAAGCACAGUACGUGAGAACAGUCUCUAUGGCGAAUCCUCUGAAACUCAAGUUUCACACGUCUCCUGUGCAACGGAUCCAAUGGAAACGAAGCAAUGCCACGAAGCGACUUACAGAAAUUUGCUGGCCAUCAUGGAUGUGGCUCUUAGUAUUGCUAUGCCAGGCAGCCCAGAAGAUGUAGAGGAAUUUACAGAGGAGACCAUGCGGCAAGAAAAGUCAGACGGAGAAGUAAGUAAAAAGCAUCUGGCCGAAUCAUGCAACGCACGGGACAAGCUCGCACAAAUCUUGUAUUGGCGCAAACCCACUGCAGACGAAGAAAGCGUCACCUCACUAAUUUCCGACGUCGAACUGAUGAUCAAAAGCAAAGUGCACGCUGUUAAUCGUAUGCGAGAUCGACUCGAGUAUAAUGAGCUUGUUCGUGCCGAAUAUCAGCGGACAAUGAAGAAGGAAACAGGAUGGACGGAAUUUGUACCGCAAGAAUGCGAGAUAGAUGACGCUCAACAACAUGAUCCCGUGAAUCCGAUUACACAGAAGGAUACUGAAUCUAAUCCAACGUCUAACCCCAAAAAGGGCGAAGAACAAUCAACGAACAAGAAAAGCAUUUUGAGUCGCCUGAUGACUUGGAAAGCAAAAAGUGCUUCGAGUAUGAACCGAUUGUCAAAGCGUCAUCGAUACAAAAAAUCACCCACUGUGCCCGCUUCGCUGAAGAUUCUGAAGAAAGAAGCUUCCGAACCUUCUAAUGUUACCUGCGACGACCCAAAACGACGUCCUUCCAAGCACUCAAUUACUUCGGCAUGCCAAAGCCCCAAUGGCACUGUGUCUGGAAGGCCACCCAUGUCUCCCAACGCCACCAUGACGAACCGACCCACUGUGCCUUGCAUUAAGGAUUUUGACAUUAUUAAGCCGAUCAGUAAAGGCGCGUUUGGAUCUGUUUUUCUUGCCAAGAAACGUUUGACAGGCGAUUAUUAUGCGAUCAAAUUCCUGAAAAAGGCGGACAUGAUUUCCAAAAACCAAGUGACGAACGUGAAAGCCGAACGUAUGAUUCUCAUGACGCAGACUGACAGUCCGUUUGUGACCAAGUUAUAUUAUACUUUCCAGUCAAAGGACUACUUGUACCUCGUUCUUGAAUAUCUCAAUGGGGGCGAUUGUUCGGCUUUGAUCAAGGUCUUGGGCAAUUUACCUGAAGAUUGGGCUCGCAAUUAUUUGGCGGAAGUAACACUGGGGCUCACGUACCUGCACAACAAGAGUGUCAUACAUCGUGAUCUAAAGCCCGAUAACCUGUUAAUUGAUGCGCAAGGGCACUUGAAACUGACAGACUUUGGACUCUCGCGUAUCGGGUUUUUAGAUCGUCGCGUAAGGAACGAACUUAGCAGCAGCCCGUUUGACAAUGAGGCCGCUUUACCUACUUCGCCAGCGCCAUCCCGUUCGGGUACUCCACCUCAUUCACCUGCUUCCUCCUUGAUAUCGUCUGCCGGGCCCAUGUAUCGUCAUUCUUAUUUCAACCUACUUUUCGACCGUGGACCGAAGCGCCGGGGAUCGAUCGGUAGCUCCGUUUCCGGUGAUGGUACUACGCCGGGCAUGGCCGUUGAUACCGGAACGAGCAGUGUGGCAUCUGGCUACACAGAGGAACGCAUACCAAGACAUCGAACAAGCAGUGCUGCUUUUAGUAAUAUCACUCCAACCACGCCCGGCAUUUUGACGCCCAGUUUAUUGGCUACUGAACGUAUCGAUAACGAGCAAAAGGGCUGCGCCAAGCGUGCUGUUGGUACACCCGAUUACCUUGCCCCUGAGAGUAUUCUCGGUACAGGACAAGAUUCUAUGGUGGAUUGGUGGGCUUUGGGCGUAAUUUGCUACGAAUUCUUGUACGGUUACCCGCCUUUUCAUGCGGAUACACCCGACCAAGUAUUCAAGAAUAUCCUGUCACGGCGCAUUGACUGGCAUGAAGAUACCGUUCAUAUAUCAGCAGAGGCCCGCGAUUUCAUGGAGCGCCUUAUGACCCUGGAUCCCGAUAAACGACUUGGUGUAAAUGGGGCAGAGGAAGUGCAACAGCAUCCUUUUUUUAGAUGCAUCGAUUGGGAGAAACUUUUGACCGAAACACCUCCUUUUGUACCUCAACCAGCCGAUAUGGAAGAUACUGAUUACUUUGAUACGCGGGGUGCGACUAUGCAACCUAUUGACGAAGCUUUUAAAUCGGCUGCAAAGCAACAAGUGGAACAAGCGCGAGCCAUUAUCAGAGAGCAGAACCCCGAAAAACUGACACCAUUCCCCGAUGGACCGCAAAACGCUGGAGGGAUUCCAUUGGGCGACCUUGCUAUCAGCGGUGAUACAACUGCCGGUGCUGAUUUUGGUACCUUUGUGUAUAAAAAUUUGCCUAUGCUUGAAAAAGCCAACGAAGACGCUAUCCGCAAAAUUCGCCAAGACAGUAUCGUCACCAGUGCCUCCAGCAGUACCGACAUUGAUUCAGCCAAUGAGCGAGUGGUGCAUCGAUCUUUACCAGCUAUCUCUCGUAUAACCCAAAGUUCCCUGGGUGAGGCGGAUCCACGUAGAGGAACAGAAAUCCAAUUGUCUACUUCGAUGCCUACGACACCACGCAAUAUAUCACCUUCCACAUCAUCCCAGUUCUUACCACCAUCCAUUCGAAAAUCAAUGGAUACAUCCUCUCGACUUCUUCGAUCCACAGGUGACAAAUCGCAUCGUACACGAUCAGCUUCCUCCCCCGGAAACCAUACAGCUGCUAUUGUCACUCGAAGCGCACCGAUUCCAUUACCUUGGAACCCAUCACCUUCCUCUCCAAGGGAAGAAUCCCCUCGAGAACGCAUCUACCGAUCGUCGUUACUGUCGUUCGCUUGUCUCUCGGACCCUCGACAUCCCAUGGAUACCACCCCCUCCGAUCAGCGUGUAAAACCUUUGGAUUGUUUAAUAGCGGAUGACAAUCCUAUCAGUUGUAAGAUUCUCGAAACCAUACUACAGAUGCAUCAAUGCCGGUGCGUCAUUGUACGAAAUGGAGCGCAAGCUAUUCGUUGUGCCGUAGGCGAUGUUCAAUUUGAUAUCAUCUUCAUGGAUAUUCGUAUGCCUAUUAUUGAUGGCGAAGCUGCAGCGCGUAUGAUCAAGUCUACCAACCAUGUCAAUCGUGAUACACCCAUUAUUGCCGUCACAGCGUAUGAACAAACAGCUCACUUGACGGGCACAUUUGAUGACGUUCUAAGCAAACCUAUCACAAAAGACAUGAUUCUGCGACGGUUAAAGCAAUUUUGCCGUCCUUAUCAUUCAUUAUCUGGUUCGGUCUAUGAUACUCAGAUUCUCAAUGGGCUAAACUUGAUGAUCCAAAAAUCUGCAGCCUUACUCUAAUACCCCUAAUUGCUCAUGAACCCAAUACUUGCAACACCUCAUCAUCGCAUCUAUUUUUUUUUCAAUCAUAUAUACCCUUUGCACUCCACUUUUUUGCAUUUUUUUUUAAAUGGCCUCCAUUCCCUCUACCGGUAUAACAAAAAGACUUUUUUGCAUCCUGUUGGCCUUUAUAUACUGACGCUUCAACAUUUCACAUCUCAACAUCUUUUCGUAGACACUUGCUUUUACAA